AUGUUAAAAUAUUGGAUUUAUAGUUUAGUCUUGUUCUACUUUAUCUUGAUUGCCCGUGCCACUGAUUCAGCGGAAGACUGUGACGAAGACGAUUUAGAGUGUUUGGAAGACUUCACUACAACCACAUCAGCCUCCUUCAUCACAUCCAGCUCAUCUUCAUUUGGAGAACCUCUCUCCACUGUAUCAGCAGCUGAAACGCCUGAUGUGCUGUCUGAUUUCCAUGAAGCUAAACUAGUCAACCCGAAGCUAGAUCCCAAUCAUCCCGGUGGAAGUAUAGAGCGACUACCAGCUAAACAAGAUGAAGAGCAAGCCGGCUCAGUGCAAGAUAAAUACAAUCAAGAUCGAGAUAUUGACUCUGGCUCUGCUGGUCUGGGAGAGACCAUUGACGAAUCCACAGCCACUGGCCUAAGCAAAGUCGAAGCAGGUGUGCUUAGUGUGUGUGGUAUACUGGUGGUCGCUGGUAUUGCAGUGGGCAUCUUUGUUUGGAAGAAUACAACCAAAAGACGUAAUCUCCGAGAUCGAGACACGUCAAUGGCAGAUCUCGAAUAUAACCAUGAUUUAGAUAUGAGCGGUGGUGAUCCCAUAGCAGUAAAGAACACCACCACUACUAUUAUGCCUAAAGCCGCCUUGGAACCCUCCAUCAAAUCACAGCAACGGCUCAAUGACGAUAUGCAAUCUGUCAAAUCCAACACGACCAACAACUCGGAAAGCUUGGCUAUGAUCCAAAAGCAAUUGCAGCAGGAACUGGAAGAAGAAGAGCGCUUACAACUGCAACAACUCAAGCAACAACCUAUAAUUAAUCUCACUUUACCAGCAUUUGAGCGCGAUGAAGAUGAUUUCUUGACUAGCUGGGAGCAACGCAACAGCAAACCAAGCACAAGUAAUACCAACCCACCACAACAAAUUUCCGAGCAACUGCAACCUCAAUCCUCAUUUCAGUUACCCAAAUUAGAGCACACACUAUUCACUUCCGAAAAUGCCAUUAUUUCCGUCAAUAAGACGCAAGCAGUAGAAAUUGUCUAUGGUGAAACAGAAGAAGAUGGUAUCAUUCAACCCAACAGCAUAGCAGCAGCUCAAGUUGCCUCCACAUAUCAUACACCUGAUAUUGGCAAAGAGUAUGAAAUGGCCUACUUGUCUCCCGGUUUGCAAUCCAAUACAGCCACCUCAAGACCCUCUGCAGCAGAUCCCUUGUAUAAUCCCACUGCCAUCACAUAUCCCUUGCAAAAGUUUUUGAACACACCAACACAAAGCUUCAAGUCGCCUGUUCAGAUUCCUGUUGAACUGGGCGGUAACCAGGAAGAAGAGGAAGAAGAAGAAGAGGAUGAUCCAGUGGAAAAUGCCUUCGACAGAUUGCCGGUGGACAAGGACGUAUUUGGAGCUACCUACGACAGCAUGAUUGAACACCCAGCAGCGUCGUCUUCAGUGUAUAAUAUGAGUCAACAGCUCAAAAAGAUCUUUCGCUACCCAGAAAACGCUGAACCAACCUCCUCAACAACACCCCACACAGCCAUGAUCGACAUUGACCUGAACGAUACUUCCAACACUACUACAUCAAAGAGCCAACGCGCACUAGAAAAGUCUCCCUUAAAGGAAACCAAACCCGGUAAGCAGCCAUUUUUGAGCCCACUUGAUUUACCUGACGACCAAUAUAUCCCCAUGCGUGAUGCAGCUGGACCACCUUUAGUAUCGCGAGCCCAAGUGCUGGCAGAUCCUGUGCGAAGAUUGGGUCAAGAUGAAAUUGCCUUGUGGGAGCAAAAUCGCAGGAAAAAGGAGCUGAAACGACUCUCAUAUGAAAUGUGGAAUGAACAAAUAUUGAGAGAUCAAAUUGAAGAAAACGACAGAAAACAUAUUGCCAGCUACUAUGGCACAGCAAUGACAGCAGUGUUAGCAACAGCGACAACAACAUCACCAUCAUCAGAACAAGAGCAAAACGAUAAAAUGAUUCCAUGA